GAAGACGCUGUUGUCACCUGGUUUCAGCCAGGUUUCAGUCAAAAGGAGGAAGUCCAGAGAAUGUGAUAUAAAAAAGUCAUUUAAGAUGAAAGUCUUAUUUACGACAGACCUGGUGUUGAUCAGAGCCAUGCAAACCAAACUCUGAUCCGUUUGUUGGGAGGCACGCUGGACCGGGCGGAGAUUGUCCGGGAUGCAGCCCCGUCUGCGGAUCCUCACGGGCCGGCGGCAAGGAAGUGAGUACCCGGCCUCCGGUACUGCCGGCUGCAGCCACCGGUAAGAGUAUUCCGUGGAGCCUCGGAUGAUGAAGCUGGCAAACUCCCCAGAGACCCCAAACGGCGGACGACGAGUGCUGUGCGUGGAGGACGAAGCCAGGUGAGCUCUCAGCCGGCAUUUUGCUCCACCUCUCUUUCCGCGUCUCCUUCGACGGCUGAUGCGUAGCGACCAAGCCGGGAGACGCCAUAGAUAUGAGGAAAUGCCCCUGCCUACAUGCACGAGGCUGCUGCUACUGGUCCCUGGCUUUCUGUCAUUUUGCAGAAGUGCAAAGAUCAAACAGUUUUUAUUACGUCAUCGAGCCGUCUUCAGGGCUCAGUGCUGAGCUUCUCACUGAGACGUCAUCAGUCAGACAGAGAUGAGUUCCGUGCAGCAGGUGAACCCCACGGUGCGGGGGAUCAGAGCCCCAACGAGCCUGCAGAGUCUGGCUGCACGUAUCACAGAGGAGAUCACACAGGGAGUGAACAAACCCUUCCAGCAGGUGAUUGAUGUCAGUUCAGGGGAUCCCCACAGGGCAGGGAUGGCACCUACUUCAUUUGUUCGCCAGGUCAUGGCAGUGUGUCUUUACCCUGAGCUCCUCAAAGACAACAGUUUUCCUCUGGAUGUCAGGCAGAAGGCACACAUGCUUCUAGGGGCCUGCUGUGGAGGGAGUGUUGGUUCGUACUCUGUAACCACCCUUGGUAUUCCAUGUGUCCAGAAAAGCAUUGCUGAGUUCAUCACGAGGCGCGAUGGUGGAGUGAUUUCAAACCCAGAAGAUAUCAUUAUCUCUCGUGGUUCUCAGAAGUGUUUGUCGAUGAUUUUGCACCUGAUGGCCAGUGGCGAGGGUGACACUCGGACAGGUGUGUUGAUCCCGAUGCCUUGCCCACACACCCUACCACCCCUGCUGGAUAUGUCUGGAGUGACACUGGUGCCGUACCAGCUGAUGGAGGACCAAGGAUGGGCUGUAGAUCUACAUGAACUGCAACGAGCUUUAAGGAAGGUGAAGGGGCGCUGUGAACCCAGAGCCAUUUACAUCAGCAACCCAGGAAACCCCACAGGUCAUUUACAAAACAGGAAAACAAUAGAGGAAGUGAUUCGUUUUGCUGCAACCGAGGGCCUUAUCCUGUUGGCUGAAGAGGUGUACCAGGACUGCGUGUAUGGACAGGGGCAAGAGUUUAUUUCCUAUAAGAGAGUCCUGUUUGAGAUGGGAAAAGAGUACUCAGAGACAGUGGAGUUGGUCUCCUUCCACUGUUUAUCCAGUGCCUGCAUGGGAGAGUGUGGUCUGAGAGGAGGAUAUAUGGAGGUAAUUAACAUGGACCCAGCAGUCAAUAUGUAUUUAAAAAAAGUGCCGGUCAGCCCUCCAGUUUUAUCACAGCUUGCUUUGGAGGUCAUGGUCAACCCGCCCACAGCUGAAGAUCCUUCCUAUAAAACAUACUCACAGGAGAUUCUUCACUCUCAGACAACUCUGUCCCAGAAUGCUCAGCGUGCUUUUAAGUUCCUGAAUGAUCUACCAGGGAUGAACUGCCAACCAGCGAUGGGGGGAGUCUUUCUUUAUCCCUGUCUGCAUCUACCACCUCAGAUGAUAGAGGAGGCCGAGAUGUUGGGAGUGGAGGCAGAUGCGCUUUACUGUCAGAGGUUACUGGAGGAGGAAGGUGUGUGUUUUGGAGCCGGCUGUGAGAACGGACAAGAGGGUCAAAACUACCACAUCAGGCUGUGUGUUCUGGCUCCUCCUGCCACCCUGGAGGAGGUCUUGGCACGACUUCGCUCUUUCCACCUGCACCUGCUGGACAGAUUUCCCUGACAGAGGUGUCAAGGACACACUUUGGAGACAAAUAUCAAGCCGUGGUUCAUAGAAUUUUCUCCCACCAAAAGUAAUGCAUUAUAAUGCAUUAUAUAUUGUUUCACAUAAAUGGUAAAUGGACUUGUACUUGCAUAGUGCCUUUCUAGUCUUCCAACCAAUCAAAGCACUUUAACACUACACAUCACAUUCACCCAUUCACACACACUGCAUACACUGGCGGCUGAGGCUGCCAUGCAAGGUGCCACCUGCUACUCAGUUACAGUAAACAUUCAUAUGCAUUCACACACCGACAACACAGCCAGUAAUUUGCCCAAGCAUACUUCAACAUGCGGAGGAAACAGGGAUCGAACUGCUGAUCUUCCGAUUACUGGAUGACUGCUGUGCUCUAUUUACCAAACCACAAAACAAAUACUACAGACACAUAUUACACAUCAGACACGGCUAGAGGUAGAAGAAUUAUUCAGUGCUAAAAUCACAGUAUGAAAAUACUCUAAAAGUCCUGUAUUCAAAGCCUUACUUUUGUAAAAGUAGUCACAGUGCAGUAAAAUGUUCUCUGUCAGUAUUUUACUAUUAUACGUGACGUUUCUGCAUGAAUUACUACUUAAUUACUGCUGCAUUAAUGUGUACAUUGCAUUUUAUUGCUGUACAUGUACACUCUGUGUGUUAGAGUGUACAUGUAUUAUUGUACCUCACUGCAGAUAUAAUCUAUAUGUGCACCACAAGAUAAAGCAGCAGCCACAUGGAUGUCUAAAUAUUAAUUUUGGGCGACAUGGUCAAUUUGUUUGUUAUGAACAGUAACGUGUGGAGGAUACAUGUUCACUGGAAAAAUCAAAAUGAUUGAUUUGAUUGAUAACAAGUGAAUUCUUUCCACAUUACAAUCUAUUCACACAGUACCAACGGAUACUAUAUAUGAUUAGUAUAAAUAUAUUUGGAAUAUCACACACAACUCUAUGCAUCAUUUACAGUUUAGAUUUCUAAGUUGGUAAAAGAUAAAGCACAUUAUGAUCUCAGUUAGCAACUGGUGGUCCUAAAGUACAGAAGGAAGUGUAAAUGGAGGGCAGUAAAGUAAGAGAACAUGAAAAAGCAAACCCAUUUGGGGAGCAGUAUGAGAAAAAAAAGAUGAAGAGUAAAACACUUGAUUUCACAGAGGGAGUCUGGUGCUGAAGAAUAUAACCAAAAUCUGAACAGUACCUUGUCCACUUUUUGAUAACUGGCCUCAGGUGUUUUUUGUGGAAACUUGUAUGUAAUUAUAAUAAUAAAAAAAUCACGAGUGUCAUGUUUGGACAGUUCUGCACUGUGGAUUCUUUUUUUCUUUGGGUCCAAGCACCAAAUGCUC